AUGACCACCCGCUACCGCGUCGAAUAUGCUCUCAAGUCUCACCGAAGAGACCAACUGAUUGAGUGGAUCAAGGGUCUACUCGCGGUUCCUUUCGUUCUACACUCCCAGCCAACUACUAUCCAACAAGAGGACACCAGCAAGCUUGCCGACGUCGCUCUUGAUACUCACCAGCGUUACGCCGAAAUCUUCGCAGACGUCGAGGGUCUUCUCAAUGAUCACAGCACGUCGCCGCUUCAUUCUGAUGUUGACCACGAGCUGCGCGGCGCUGCUGGCAAGUCUAAGCUCCGACUUCUCGUCCCUUCUGUCGGGACCUUCUUUACACGCCUCUACCUCAAAGAUGCCUUCAACUACCAGGAUCAACAACGCUUCAUCAGCAGACGUCGCUUCGUCGCUCCGUCUUUCAAUGAUGUCCGUCUGAUCCUCAACUCUGCCCAGCUGCUCGGCCUGGUUCACACAAAAGGCCUCGAUCUCGUUACCUUUGAUGGAGAUGUGACGCUGUACGAUGAUGGCGCAAAUCUCAAUGCCGACAGUCCCAUUAUCCCACGGGUUAUCCGUCUCCUACGACAAGGCAUCAAGGUAGGUAUCGUCACUGCGGCCGGCUACACCGAGGCGGCGAAAUAUUACGAACGAUUGCAAGGUCUCUUGGACGUGCUGCACGACACCCCCGAUCUCACAGACGAACAACGAUCCGCGCUCAUCGUCAUGGGCGGCGAAAGCAAUUACCUCUUCCACUACGAUUCCUCGUCUCCCCACCGCCUCUCGUACGUCCCGCGCGAGGAAUGGGUAAUCGGCGAAAUGGCCACGUGGAAGGAAGACGACGUCACCGAGCUGCUCAACAUCGCCGAAUCGUCUCUCCGCGCAUGCGUCGCAAACCUCAACCUUCCCGUCUCCGUCCUCCGCAAAGACCGCGCGGUCGGCGUCUUCCCACAAGACAAAGGCCGUCUCUCCCGCGAACAACUCGAAGAGACCGUCCUAGUCGUCCAAAACACAGUCGAACGGUCCCCGGUUGGAUCUCGUCUGCCAUUCUGCGCAUUCAACGGUUGCUCCCCCUUUUUCGCCUCCCAUUAUCUCCGCUUCUAUCCUCCCCGGAGGAAAUAUGAACCGCCUAAGCAGCCGUGUAUGCUAAUAUCAGUCGCGCAACCAGGUGGCAAUGAUGUUUUCGUCGACAUUGGGGAUAAGUCCUGGGGUGUCCGCGCGUGCCAGCAAUAUUUUGGCGGCAUUGACCCGGCCAGAACCCUGCACGUGGGCGACCAGUUUUUGUCUGCGGGUGCGAACGAUUUCAAGGCUCGGCUUGCUUCGACUACGGCCUGGAUUGCGAGUCCAGCUGAAACGGUACAGUUGUUGGACGAGUUGGACCGUGUCCAGAAGGAUUUCGCGUGA